AUGUCCACCGUAACUCACACAAAAGUCCAACCUGAACUACCAUCAGCUUGGAGCAGAGCUACGCCAGCAUCUCAUCCCGUUCAAGCCGACGAGGUAAUGGCUCCUCAGGUCGACCAGGAUCCUACAGGAGACCCGCUUCUCGAAGCAACAUCUACUGCUCCUCACACCACCGAACCGCCGACGAGUACAACCCAGUCCAUAUUAAGCUCAACCACCCCAGCCCAAUUCAAACGUCUCCUCCUCGUCGAGAGCAACGGAAUCAACCUCAAAGUCCUUUGCUUCUACGUCAAAAAACUCCGUCUCCCCUUCGUUACCGCAACAAACGGCGCCGAAGCAGUCCGUCUCUACACCCACGCCAUUUUGGGAGACAAAGACCCCUUCGAUUGUGUACUCAUGGGUCUCAGUAUGCCCGUCAUGGAUGGCUUUCAAGCUGUGCAAGCGAUCCGGCAAUUCGAAAUGCAGCAAGCCACUGACAAGAAUGCUCCAAACGAUGGCGGAAAGGUCUGUUCUCGCUCGUAUGUGAUUGCGCUGACGGCGUCGGUGGUCCAGGGCACUCAUGAUACUGCGAUUGCGUCCGGCUUUGAUGAUGUCUUGACGAAACCGAUCAUGUUGAAAAAAGUGGCCGAGGCGCUGGACGCGGGCUUGCGCAAUGCCAAUUGAUCAUUGGAAUGUGUCAUUCCUGCCAAUCCUUUGUUUUCAUGCAUGUCGCGAUUUCGGAAAACUGGAAAUGAUUUUCCUUCCCUAUGUUGUCGUUCUGGAGCGCCACUAGCUUGCUUUCUCAUCAGACAAACAAAAUUGAC